AUGGCGAUCCCACAAGAUGCUGGCACCCAUGUGGAAGACUCCAGGGACCUGCUUCUGGGAGAAGGCAUGCUGCUUUCUCCUACUGUACUGGAAAGCAAAUCCCUCAGUGAUGAAAAGAAUCUGAAGCUGUUUGGGAAAUGUAAUAAUCCCAAUGGCCAUGGACAUAACUAUAAAGUUCUGGUGACCAUACAUGGAGAGAUUGAUCCUGUUACGGGGAUGGUCAAGAAUCUGACAGACCUGAAAGACUAUAUGGAGGAGGCAAUUAUGAAACCCCUUGAUCAUAAGAACCUGGACCAGGACAUACCUUACUUUGCAGAUGUCGUGAGCACAACAGAAAAUGUAGCUGUAUAUAUCUGGGAGAAUCUUCAGAAAGUUCUUCCUGUGGGAGUCCUUUAUAAAGUCAAAGUGCAUGAAACUGACAAAAACAUUGUUGUCUACAAGGGAGAGUUAUCAGGCCUUGGGGAUUAGUAUUACUAUUUUAACCUUAAA